UCAUAAAGAAUCUCCCUGGCAAGAGCAAGAAGCAAACUCGCCUCUAGAAAUACGACGUCGUAAUGCCAGGAUCCUACCACCAUCGCCGGCCAAUAGAAGGUCAAACAAAUCAGCUCUAUCCCGAGCCGACCGAUCUCCGGCGAUAAAGAGGGAAAAUCUCCGAGAAAUGGGCUUCACGGGCGCCGGAGGCGGCGGCGCAACCGUCGUCGGCGGGGAAUCGGAAUCAUCGUCUCUGCUCAACAGCCAAAACAGUCAAUCCAAUGCGCCGAAGGACUCUUUCCAUUUGGCCUACGCAAUCUACUUCACUCUCGGCGCUGGCUAUCUUCUUCCCUGGAACGCCUUCAUCACCGCCGUCGACUACUUCUCGUACCUCUACCCGGACUCCUCGGUCGAUCGCGUCUUCGCCGUCGCCUACAUGCUCGUUGGCCUCGUCUGCCUCCUCUUCAUCGUCGCCUACGCCCACAGAUCUCACUCCCACGUCCGGAUCAACAUAGGGCUCGCUCUCUUCGUCGUGUCUUUGGUCGUCGUUCCGAUCACCGACGUCGCCUAUGUCAAGGGCCGGACGGGGCUAUACGGCGGAUACUACGUAACGGUGGCCGCCGUCGCGCUUUCCGGCAUUGCCGAUGGAUUGGUCCAGGGGGGCGUGAUUGGUGCCGCCGGCGAGAUGCCGGACAGGUAUAUGCAGGCUGUUGUCGCCGGCACUGCUGCUUCAGGUGUCCUUGUCUCAUUCCUAAGGAUUUUUACCAAGGCUGUGUAUCCGCAAGAUCCCCAUGGCCUCAGACAGAGUGCAAAUCUCUAUUUCAUUGUCAGCAUUGUUGUGAUGAUCAUAUGUAUUGUUUUCUACAAUGUUGCUCAUCGAUUGCCAGUUAUCAAGUACUACCAUGAUCUGAAGGUUCAAGCAGUAAACGAGGAGAAAGAAGAAAAAGGUGUCCUGACUGGGAAACUAUGGAGGUCAACUUUGUGGGACAUUGUUGGUAGAGUAAAAUGGCUUGGAUUUGGGGUCCUCAUCAUCUACGUUGUGACGUUGUCUAUAUUUCCCGGUUACAUUACUGAAGAUGUCCAUUCCAAGACUCUCAAGGACUGGUAUUCAAUCCUCCUCAUCACCGGCUACAAUGUGUUUGAUCUAGUUGGCAAGUCUCUAACUGCAGUGUAUCUCCUUGAGAAUGCAAAGGUUGCAAUCAGUGCAUGUUUUGCUAGAUUGUUGUUUUUCCCCCUCUUCUUGGGUUGCUUGCAUGGUCCUCAAUUUUUCCGAACAGAGAUUCCUGUAACAUUGCUGACUUGUCUUUUGGGCCUUACGAAUGGCUAUUUGACUAGUGUCUUAAUGAUUUUGACUCCAAAAACCGUUCAACUGCAACAUGCAGAGGUCGCAGGGGUAGUCAUGGUGUUGUUCUUGGUCGUUGGCCUGGCAGUUGGUUCGGUUGUGUCUUGGUUUUGGGUCAUAUGACCCCGUAUUGUCCCGGAUUUGCAUGUUGUCCGAGCUUACAUCUGGAAUUGCCCUUUGGUUUGACCUACGGACAGUUUACCUUUGUAAACCAUGUAUUGGUAAUUGCCUCUUCCCCAUCUGUCUUGUAUUCCAUAAACUCUGUAAACCUUGUAUUGGUAAUUAGACUUAACUGUCUUAUAUUCCAUUAUACUUGUAAACCUUGCAUUGCUAGUUGUCUCUGCCGCUUCCAUGUCGAAGCAAUUGGUAAAGUUGUCAUGUUUCCAAACCAAAACCAACUUGAAAAUAGUAUAUUGGUAGGUUUCAUGUUGGAAGAUAUUGUUACUUUCUGUCUUCUUUUUCUUUUUAAAAGAAAAGGAAAAAUGCUUGGAUGGAGUUUUUUUCUGCU